AUGCCUCUCUGGAUAAUAUACCACCCCCCCAACACCUUCACCUCCCUCGCCGACAAAACCGCCCUCGCAAACGAAAUCACAAAAAACUACACCAUCGUCGGCCUCCCCAAAUUCUACGUAAACGUCCUCUUCCAGCCCAUCCACCCAGAAUCCUUCUUCAUCGGCGGCGUACCCCGUCCCUCUGCCAACACCGAGGCCAACAAGCCCGGGCGUGAUAGCUCAGUCCCCAUGAUACGAAUCAAGAUGGAGCAUCUUGCUCGACAAUUGUAUUUACAUCCCUAUGUUCAUCUCCCAUGGAAGUUUAUGCUGACGCAUGAGAAUAGUACUUCAAUCGAGCACAAACACCGCUUUAUGGAUGCUGUGGACAAGGCGCUGAAGCCGUUUAUUGCGGAUAAAGGUUGUGAGGACGUGGAUAGGGAUUUGUGGAAGGUGAAUGGUAUGGUGCCGCCGAUGCCGGGGACGGAGGCGGAGAAGGAGUGGGCGGAGAAGAAUUUGGCGGUGCCUUUUGAGGCGAAGAGAGGGGGGUUGGCGGAGAAGUUGUAG